AUGCGAUCGUUCCAGGCAGAUCGUAUACAUGAGGCUAACUCAUUCCCUUCAAUCCGCCUGGGAUCGUUUCCCUCGCUCAAUAUCAUCAAGUCUAGAACAGCUGCGAGGUUCGAUCAACAUAAAGCCUAUACUUUCCAGGCAGUGUCUACGAUGGUCAGUGACAAGGACGUGCCUGUCGUUCUCGUUGCUGGUGCAACGGGCAGAGUCGGGAGGAAGGUUGUCAAUCUUCUGCUGUCAAGAUCGAAGGAUCCCGACGACAAGCUUCCCGAGUUGAAGGUCAAGGCUUUGGCUCGUGACACGGACAAAGCAGCUCGAGUGCUGCCUAGCGAUGAGAACGUUGAAGUUAUCAAGUGCGAUCUUGGUGAUGCGUCAGCUGUUGCCCGAUGCUGCAAGGGCGUUGACGCAGUGAUCUGGUGUGCCACUGGGUUCAGCGAUUCUUCCGAUUCCUCGUUGCUGAACAAGUUGCUCGGCGUAGCGAGGCUGAAGCUGACCCCAAGACAGUCGAUUGAUAUUGCUGGCUUAUCUCAGAUCGGAAAGCUUCUGGAGGGUCAAGCUAGUCAUCCAGAUCUUCCAGGUCCGCGAGUGGUGAUGUGCUCCUCAGCUGCUGUCACACGGCCAACAUGGAAUGAAGAGAAGAAAAUGCGAUAUGAGGGAGCAGCGGAUAUACCCAUCGUACGGCUCAAUCCGCUUGGAAUUCUAGACGUGAAACGGGAUGGUGAGCAGGCCCUACGCAGCUCUGGGGUCAGUUACGCCAUUGUUCGCCCUUGUGGAUUGAAUGACAACUGGCCGAGCGGGCGAGCAGUCUUCAGUCAAGGAGACAUUGCCGUCGGAAGGAUCAAUCGAGAGGAUGUGGCGCAGCUUCUAGUUCAGGUAUUGCUUGAGAAGGAUGCUCAAGGCAAGACCUUCGAGUGUGUGGCUCUGCCAGGUUACCCCUCUCCUAAGUCUUGCAGUCUUCAGCUUGCUCGUCUAAAACUUGACGGAGAUGCGAGCAUAUCAAACAUAGAUGUGCUUGACGCUCAAUAUGCGUUGUUGCAGCAGCUUGUUCCAGGCGAAACCAUGCAGCCGAAUCAGCUUGCGAUGGGACAAACUUACGAGCAGCUAGAUUCAGGGCAGGUUGGACGGCUAGGAAAGAGAGGACAAGAGCGUCCGCCGCUUGCAAGGACUGACUGA